AUGGUGGCUGACGGCCCCUCCACUCCCGUCCCGGCCGGCACAGGCCCCAGCGUGCGAGCAGGGGUGGCGCCCGGGGCGGCCCCUCCCCCAGGCCCAGGGGUGGCGGGGGGGAUGAAGCUGGGCCUGACGCCGGAGGAAAGCGCGGCGCGGAGUUCGGUGCAGCUGCCAUACGAGCGUCAGGGCCAGGCCCUGCAGCAACUGGGCACCGACUUCCGCGAGUACCUCCCUCGUGCAGCGGGCGGCAGGGGGUCCACCACAAACCAUGUGCUGUAUGUUCGGGACUCUGACUCGGAGCACGACUCGGAUGAGGAUCCAGAUGAUGACAUUGACAUCUAG